CCAUUUUCUUAUCUCUAUCUUUUACAGAAAACCAUGGCUGGGCUUGUGGGGAGAGUCAAACACAUUUUCGGUUCAAGACCUCUGCUAGCCAACUGUGUUGUUUAUGGAACGCUUUACUCAGGGUCGGAAUUUAUUCAGCAAACCUUGCUCAGGAAGGUAUUUCCAGAGCAGAAGUCUGAUUAUGAUUUUGCAAAUAUCGCCAGAUAUGGAGUUCUAGGGACUUUUGUGUUCCCUAAUAUUUUAUUCCGUUGGUACAAAUGGCUAGACAAGAGGUUUGUUGGAACCAGUUUAUCAAUCAUUGGUCAGAAGAUGCUCCUUGAUCAAUUUGUGAUUUCACCUCCAAUACUUGCAAUAUUCUAUACAGGAAUGUCGAUAAUGGAGGGCAAACCAGAUAUUUUUACAGAGUGCAGAGAAAAAUUAGUUCCAACCUUUCAAAGUUCUUGUAUGUUCUGGAUGCCAGCUCAAGCUAUCAACUUUCUUAUACUACCCAAUCAGUUUCGAGUUGUGUAUGUUGCAACCUGCAGCCUUCUCUGGGUUAAUAUUCUUUGUAUAUUAAAAAGAGACACAGAUCAAAUAUAAAAUUGAAAUUGUGUGUGCAGGGAGUCCCAAUAAACAUGGACAUAAAGUGGACAGGAUAUCCCAAUAAACAUGGGAAUAAAUAAUGCUUCUAUGGUAACAAGAACUAACCAACUGUUGUAACCCAAAACAAUUUGUAUAUUUCCCAAAUGUCUCUUUUGCCUAUUUUAUUGAGAUAUGAAAAUAUCCCAUUCUUUAUUUAUUAGAUAAGACAAAACUUACUAAAGGAGUUUAGAUUUUGCAACCUGAUGGUGAAAACCUUUGAUAUUUCAAACUUAGAUUAUAUGAUCCAACAGAAUUCAUAGUUUGAAAUAUCCAAGGACUAAGACAUCAGGUUGCAAAAAUAAAGGGAUUAAAAGAUUCAAAGAGUCAAGUCCUCUCUAAAAUCUCUGUCGUUUCUGAAAAUACAAAAACGACACUUCCCAUUUUGUAAAGCAUACAUUUGCCAUGAAAACGAUCAAAGAUGAUUUUUAAUUCCCAUAUUUAUUCAGACUUCCUGUAUAUAGAGUUGUAUGUUAGUGUACAUUUUUUGUUAGACAAAAUAAAUUAUUAAUUAAUAA